AUGGACAGGUUCAAACUUCUCCGCUUCUACACGAUCCGUCGCCUUAGCGAGGAGUUCCUUGACGUGUAUGGUGCAAAGCCCCUAGAGUCUCUCACAUUUCUGCUGCAAGUGAUUGAUCGUUUCCAUCAGUGGGACAUCACGGAUAUAGGAAGGGCUAGCUAUCGACCAGUCGAGGUCCACAUCACAAGAGAGAUACUCUCCACGCUUGGUCUGGCACAUCCGCUCGACCAUGAGCACAUCUCAGAACCUCUCGAGACAUUGGCACCGAAGCUCCUGGUUACGAAGUAUUUCAAAGAGUACGACAGUUGUGUACAUCUGUUCGAUACUCGAGCUAAGCGCACAUUGGUCGACGUCAGGGACCGGAAAGCGGUAACGCACGCUUUGAACCACAUCUUCAAGAAGAUGGGGCUUCGAAUUUCGCUCUCCCAGGCGGGCCGGGAAACGUCGGUGGAUCCGGUUACCGAGAAGCGGGCGCGCAUUUACGAGGGGUGGCAAGUAGAGUACGAUCCGCGAGGCAUGCUCGGAGUCAAGCACAUGGCUCAGUUGCUAAAGCUGCAG